AAUAAUGAGGUACAGAAGCCCAAAUUACAGUCCUUCACCUAGGAGAGGACGUUAUAGAACUCCUAGUUACAGCCCUUCACCCAGGAGGCGGCAUUAUAGAAGCCCAUCUUACAGCCCUUCACCUUAUAGGGGGCAUUAUAGAAGCCCAAGUUACAGCCCAUCACCCAAGAGGAGGCGUGGAAGAAGUCCAAGCUACAGCCUUUCACCAAGGAACAGACAUUACCGAAGCUCAAGUUAUAGCUCUUCUCCAAGAAGAGCAGGUUACUAUAGAAGGCGAUCAAUUUCCAGCCCAAGAAAAUCUACUACAAGCCUCUUGGUCAGGAAUCUUCAUCCAUAUUUAAGGGUGGAUGAUCUCCGUGGACCUUUUAGAGAGUUUGGGCCUAUUAAGGAUAUAUAUCUUCCCAGAGACUACUAUACAGGAGAACCCCGUGGGUUUGGCUUUGUGCAGUUCUUUAAUCCUGCGCAUGCAGCUGAUGCAAAAUAUUACAUGGAUAGACAAAUAGUUCAGGGUCGAGAAAUAGCUGUUGUCUUUGCGGAAGAGAGUAGGAAGACACCAUAUGAAAUGCGGAGUAGGCAGAGAAGUAGAUAUGGUAGCUAUCAUUCACGAUCUUAUGAGCGAUCUAUUUCCUACUCCCUCUCCCGAUCGCGAUCGCGUUCCUUGUCUCGUUCAUGCUCUCUUUCUCCAAGGAGGCGGCAUUAUUCAAGGUCAGUUUCUCUAUAUGAUGAUAGGCAACGAGAGGGCUCCUAUUCUUACUUGUCUGGUUCUAGGUCCUCGAGUCAAAGAAUUUCAUUAUCCAGAAGCAGGUCUCCUCCUCCUGAAAAAUAUUCACAUAGUAGGCAGAAAGAACCAUCCAUAUCAUUUAGCCGCUCCAGGUCUUAUUCUCAGUCAUCAAAUAGGAAUGGAAGAUAUGAAUACGUGGAAUCGAAACAUAAGGAGCAAUUAAGAUCAACUUCUCCAAGGUCAAGCAAAUAUCUGAAGUAGAAAUCGUUGGGCUGUUGCCAAUACCUGCAUAUUUUUUGCAGAAUGGGCUGAAUAGGAUGCUUGGAUUUUUGAUAAUCUCGACUCAGUUGUACACCGUAUUUGUUCAAUUUAGAAAUACUGUUUUUAGUGGUGUUCGUUUGGGCCUGUUGACAAAUGUAUGUGUGUUUUUCUGGUCAAGAAAGUUGACUGACAGAUUAUGGUUGAUCUAACAGAACGUAUGAUGUGGACAUUCUACCCAAAGCUAUGGCUGAAAAUACUUCUUGUUUAUAAUCACGGUGACAUUUAGCAGAAACUACUAGUUCUGUAAGUAAGUGUAGACCCAGGGAAACUAUGUUUUAGGUCACAGAUAAUUUGUUCGCCAAGCUGGUACAGCAUCUUUAACAGUUGAUAUCGAAUGUGCUCACAUUGUGCAGUAUUAGUGUCAUGUAGUGUUGUAUGAGCGUAUUUUUGUGUGCAUGUCUUUAUGGAUAUGGAAUGGUAAAAAGCAUAUUCAACCUAUGGAUUUGCCUUUAACUUGGGCAUAUUCAACUUGGAAAUUUCAAAUUUCCAUUGAAUCUAUGUGAAAUAGUCGUUCUUAUUUUGUUUGACUUUAACUUGGGCUCUCCCAAAUGUGAAGCUUUUCAUUUUC